UCAUUCAUCUGACAUUCAGAAACCGCAAAACAAGAAACUCACUACCCAAGACACCUUACGCCUGGCAUGACAACUCUACCCCUCAAAGUAAAGGUUGCAAUCCGUGACCACUGGACCAAGGAAGACAGCUACCUCCAGCAAGCCCUCAAGGCUCUCCGAGACGUCCUCGGCCUCGACGUAGACGUCACCCCGGACUGGCAGAUCCUCCUCACCCAGCUCGACUCCGAGUACGCAGACAAGACCGACUUCGCGGCCGCCGUCGCCGGCACCGUCGAAGCAUGGUGCCGCGCCGCGACAGAGCUCCUCGAGGACGACAAGAAUGAGGAGUGGACCGACACCUUGCUCGACAAGCUGAGGCUGACCUGGUCGAGGUUGCGACUCUUUGUCGAAGUCGCCAGCGAUGACCAAGCCUCAACAGCAUGGUCCGACGACCGAGGCGGCUUCCUCAUCACCCUCCCCAAAACCCAACUCAUAACCCCAAUGGACCUCCACCCGCUCUUCAAAUCCGAAAUCAAAGACUGCUUCGCCGACCACCACAAGCAACUUCCGCCUUACUCCGCCUCCCCGACAGAAGACUGGGCCGACCUGGAAAUGGACGCCCGUCUGAACCGUCUCUCUGUAGGUGGAACAGGCCACCUCCGCCAGCGCGCCUCCAUCUCUUCGACGGCGUCAAGAGGACCUGCACAGGCAGACUUCAUGCCCAAGGCGGACGCCCUCCCGCGCCCCGACGAGCUGCUGCAGAAGGCGCCGUACCACCUCAUCGUGUACAGCCGCGGCGCGCACGAGAUUGAGAUCCAGGGGAGCCACAGCGCGACGCUCAAGUUUUUGGCAGAGUAUUUCAAGAAGUGGAGGAGGACGAAUCAUCAGAUUAGCAGCAAGCCUCCUGCAGUCGAGGUGAAGCUACACCAGUGCGCCUUCGGCAUGGGCGCGAGCAUCGACCGUCUGGUCCUCGUCUCGGAGCACAAGUACGGCGGUGCCUUUAUCCUCACGCCCACUAUUAUCUUGUCGCUUGUCGAGGGCGUGUUGGGGUAUAAGCCCGUAUACUCGGACGCCCACUCGUGGACGUAUCGGCGCGAUACCGAGUUGAGAGCUUAGUCAAGUAUGUUCGUGGCGGGACCACGACGAUCGGAUCCCGGAUAUGGGGUCAUUGUACAGCAUCGGAUGGGAAAUCACGGAAUGGGACGGACAAUGGGGAGGAUGGAACGUUUUCACGAUGCUCAUGACCUCAUAAUGUUAAAGACUUAAUAAUGCAAGAAACCUCAUUACUCAUUAUUUCAUUAAA